UUUCCUUUUUUUGGUAUUUCCGAGAAAAAAAAAAGCUGCCGUCUCAGCUUACGAAUUUCGAUUUCUUUUCCAAAAAUCAAUGGAUUGCGAAUCCGCCAUCUCUCCUUACUAUCUUCUCUUCCAAGCUCUUGCUUUGAUCCCCGUCUCCCAUUAUUUCCUCGCCGCCUUCUUCGUAUUCCUCGUUUUCCUGUACAACUUUCUGGAGAUUCAUUUCCUUCACGAUUUGCUCACUCUUUUCAGAGGCGAUCCCGUUACGUUAACUUACAACUCAAGCUCCGACCUCGGCCGAUCAGUCGCCGCCAAGUGUAAGAUAUUCCAACAAAGGUACUUGGUCACUCCAUGGCUUUCUAGUCCUCAUAUUCAGACGGCCUUCUUGACUUUUCACGGAAGGCCUCCUCCAGUUACUUAUAGACGACAUUUAUUCCGUGCUUUUGAUGGUGGGACAAUCGCUCUGGACUGGCUAACUUAUUCGGAUGUUCUGGAGGGUGCCUCUGGCGUAAUUGAUGGUUCCACUGCUCGUAAAGAUGGUAAAACUCCUAUUGUCAUCGUCAUUCCUGGCUUGACCAGCGAUUCUACUGAUGCGUAUGUGAUGCAUCUUGCGUUCAAAAUGGCAAGACAGGGUUGGAAUGUUGUUGUAAGCAAUCAUCGUGGUCUAGGAGGUGUAUCUCUAACGUCUGAUUGCUGUUAUAAUGCUGGAUGGACUGAAGAUGUACGGAAAGUCAUUGAACACAUACGCUGUGAAUAUCCAGAAGCUCCUCUAUAUGCUGUCGGGACCAGCAUUGGUGCCAAUAUUCUGGUUAAAUAUCUUGGAGAGGAUGGCGCAAAUACUCCUGUUGUUGGGGCUGCGGCUAUAUGCUCUCCUUGGGACCUUUUGGUAUGUGAUAGGUUCAUCAACCGUCGAACUAUGCAGAAAAUUUAUGACAGAGCACUAACAGUCGGCCUACAAGGUUAUGCCAAAUUGCAUCAGUCUAUCUUGUCUAGUCUUGUAAAUUGGGAAGGAGUUGAAAAGUCAAGUUCUCUUAGGGACUUUGACAACCAUGCUACUCGAAUUCUUGGAAAAUUUGAGGUAAAAAAACUAUUUUUCUUUUUUUACUUUCUGUACUUCCAAUCUGAUAAAGGCCUCUUUGUGUUUCAAACUGUGGAUACGUAUUAUAGGCGAUCAAGCAGUACUAAUUAUAUCGGAAAUGUGUCAGUACCUCUCCUCUGUGUCAGCGCCUUGGAUGAUCCAGUGUGCACCAGUGAAGCUAUUCCAUGGGAUGAAUGUAGGGUCAAUGAAAAUAUUGUCCUAGCUACUACGCCACAUGGAGGACAUCUGGCUUACUAUGAGGGGAUAACAGCAUCUGGCAUAUGGUGGGUAAGAGCUGUUAAUGAGUUUUUUGGUGUUCUAAGGACUAGCCCUUUAAUCAAAAGACAGAAGAUGCAGGGUUCUCCGGUGCCCAAGCCACUACAAAGUUCAAUUGAUCAGGCACCUUAUUUGAAUGUUACGGGAGAAGGAAUGGUGACCGCAAUGGGCAAUCAACCAAGAGAGGUUUUACAAGAAGACACGUCGAACAACGAGCAUAAGAUUCACAGCAAGGACGAAGGUACAAUUUCCGAUAACAGAACGAAUUUCGAGUCGACAGAUAAAAUAAACUCCGACGAGCAAAUCAAGCAGAGAGUGGAGAAAAACGUUAAGGAUUUGAUCGUCCCUGUUCAAGCACGAAUCGAUAAGCUUUCACGGCGGAGCAGACAAUCGAUCUGGUUGCUUGCAUACAUUGCCAUCGUAACAACUUGGCCGUUCGUCGGCUCCAUUAUUGUUUCGGUUCUCAAGAAGAGGUUCAAAAGUUUUGUACCAGGUACGCUGUUUAGAAAAUAGAGUUACUUCUAGUACCAAAUACGAUCUUAUAGAAUGAUUGAUGCCACAAACUUGAGGGAUAAUAAA